CGUCUCCGUUUAGCGAUUGACGAUUGAAAACGAUGUUUUCGUUCGCCGUUUCGUGACAUUGAGGAGGGGCAUAGGUUUUGCUCCAGUCUUCUUCCUGUCUCGAUGCGGAGAGCACUGGACUUCUGCUUCGGAAGGUUUGCAGGGACUUAUAGGUAUAAAUGGCAGGUAACGAAAAUGGACCAGAAACGAAAGGAAGAAAUGCUUGCGACAGGAGGAGGCUUCCAGUGUAUGUGUCGAUCUUCUUCUUAGUGGUCACUGGCGUAAUGAUUGCCAGUUUCUUUCUGGCUGAACACAAAAUGUCAUCACUUGGAGAAGUUCCCACUUUCUCAAGAAUUAGCAAAAGGAUGUUAUCCCAUAGUGACUCGGCGAGAUUUACUCCAGCUUCCAAUGUCUUAAGCGCAGAAGAGCAAGAACCAGUUUCUGGUGAGUCCAGCACUUAUUUAACCUCAAGCCAGCUCAUAAAAGUUACUGAGGAUUCCAGUCCAGUAGAGCAAGCUCCAGACUCAGGUGAAUCCAGGCUCCAUUUAAUGUCAAGCCAGCUCCCGAAAGCUACUGAGGAUUCCGGUCCAGUAGAGCAAGCUCCAGACUCAGGUGAAUCCAGCCUCCAUUUAACCAAAAGCCAGCUUCUGGAAGCUAUUGAGGAUUCCAGUCGAGGAGAGCAAGUUCCAGACUCAGCUGAAUCUAACCUUCAUUUAAUCUCCAGCCAGCUCCUGAAAGCUACUGAGGAUUCUGUUCCAGGAGAGCAAGUUCCAGACUCAGGUGAAUCCAGCCUCCAUUUAACCAAAAGCCAGCUCCUGCAAGCUACUGAGGAUUCCAGUCGAGGAGAGCAAGUUCCAGACUCAGAUAAAUCUAACCUUCAUUUAAUCUCCAGCCAGCUCCUGAAAGCUACUGAGGAUUCUGGUCCAGGAGAGCAAGUUCCAGACUCAGGUGAAUCCAGCCUCCAUUUAACUAAAAGUAAACUCCUGGAAGCUACUGAAGAUUCCAGGCCAAUAGAGCAAGUUCCAGACUCAGGUGAAUCCAGUCUCCAUUUAACUAAAAGCCAGCUCCUGAAAGCUACUGAGGAUUCCAGUGGGGAAGAGCAUGCUCCAGACUCAGGUGAAUCCAGCCUCCAUUUAAUCUCAACCUUGCUCCUAAAAUCUACUGAGGAUACCAGUCGAGAAGAGCAAGCUCCAGGCUCAGGUGAAUCCAGAAGCCAUCUACCAAAGGAAGGGGAGGUCCAGUCCUCCCGCAGGAAUUACUGGUGGGAACGUCGUCCUUACUACAAAGACGCAAAGAAGGCCAAGACUAUUUCUAAAAGAUCUACUCGCAAAGAAGAUGCGAAAGUCGGGGAGAAGGGAAAGGACGAGGAGAGAAUGGAAGAGGAGGUGACGGAAGAGACGAAAGAUGAUGGAAAGAAGGCGGAAGGUGAGUCGAACAAAGGGGAGGAGAGAGUGAGAAAAGGCAUGAAAGAGAAUGAAGAGGAGAAGGUAAAAGAAGAGACUGGCGGACAGGAGGGAAAGGAGAUGGAAGAUAUGGAAGAGAAAGGAAAGGAGGAAAGAGAGAUAGAAAACGAAGAACGCGACGAGGAAACGAGCAACGAAUUGAAAACGGAGACAUCGACGGAUGAUAAUGACGAAAACAAGGUGAAGGCUGGAGAGAACAUGAAAGAAACAACGAAGGAAACGAAGAGGGACGUGGGGGAAGAGAAGGGAAAGGAGGGCAUGAUGGAAAAGGGACAGAAGGCCUCUGGGACCCCCGCCGGUGAUCCUGAAGGGGACGAAGAGGUAGAAGAUGCUAGUGGAGCCAAGGCAGAGGACCUCAAGGAAAGCAGAAAGCCAGCAGAAGAGGAUGAAGGUAAACAAAAACAAAGUCUCUUUUCAGUUUUAUUGUUUUGUAUUUUCUAAUUCCGUUUCUGCCUU